AUGGGCGAAGACCUCCAGACCGACUUCCCUUCAGCGAGAAAGCCCGGGAAUCUGGAGGUCAAGUUUAAACACCUUGGGCGAGGGUCAUUGAAUCCGCGCCAGGCAGAAAAGGAACGACGACCACUAGCGGUAUCCAAAAUUAUGGAAAAUGAACGGACGGCCACGACGAAGGCCAAAGAGGGGAGGGUGGAAAAGUUGGUCGUUGAAAGGUUGAAGAGAGAAGAAGCCAAAGAGAACAACAAAUCCAGGAGGGGAACCUGGAUGGGAACCUAG